UGAGACAUAUGGAUGGCGCGAGUGCCACUUAUAUGCUUCGAUAUCAUUGAUUGGCAUCUCCCCGACCGGGUGCUUAGACAAUUUGGACAAGUUCAGAGUGUGCCUGAUCGCUUUGACGCCCACUUGGCUAUGCAUUUUAGAGAUAGGCGUGGCAAAAUGGCCAUUGAUUGGGCAAAGGAAUACCAAACAUUUAUUGGUGAGUGGAACAACCGACGCAACACCAUUGUCCAUGCUGAGAGGAGCAAUGAAGUGCUUACAUCUUCAGACCCAUACAUGUUAUGGUUUCGCCGUCAUACACGUCUAGUACUUAGUAAUCCGAGUGACAUUGCUGCUUUCGGAUACCAAGGCAUCGGGGGUACUUUAGAGGGAUUGGUUCGUAGAGUUGCGAGGGCAUAUCACAUGGCAGACGCUGCCCAUAUUACACGCGAUGCUAGAGAAAAAUCGGAUGCCAUUGACGAGAUACGGGAAUUAUUGUACGAUGGUUUGCAACAGGCACACUGACGUGACCGACUAGAUUUCGGCCACUUUGGCGAGGAUCCUUAUAUGUGGGUAGAUAUUACAGUGACAUCAAUGCCGCACCCAAAUAUGCCAUCCACUGAGCCAUCGACAUCAAUGCCAUCGACAUCAAUGCCUCCACCGCAUCCUACCGCACGUCAUGCACAUCAAUCGGACUAUUUCGAUAUGGAACACUUUGGUGAGGGGCCUUCCAUGGUCCUGUCCCCUCAUGGUCCAUCUACAGCAAUGCAUACACCGCAGACUUCCCCACCUGAAUGUACCAAUUACACAUCCCAGUUUGCCCCUGAGGUAGAUCCUCUAAUGUCUGAACAUACUUCCACACACCAUGGCCAUAUAUUGGACCCCUCCUGGUCACCACCCCCAUAUAGGACAGCAGUUGGUACCCCGGUGACUCCCUUAGCACCACUGUCUACUACAUGUCUGUCUACUAUGAUUCCCUCUGCGUCGACAUUGACCGCACCCGACCCUUUCACAAUACCAUCAUCUCCUACCCUACCAUCAUCUCCUAUACCACAUAUAACCUUUACCUACCAUGUUGAUCCAUUCAUUACCCAUGACUUCCACAUUGACGGGGAGGGGGAGGGCCAGGUCCAUGCACCUACCAGAGGGACAAGUAAGGGUAGAGGUUGUGGUGGCCGUUGUGGUGUAAGUAGAGGCCGAGGGUGAGGGCGAGGGUGACGCCAAGCAAUAGACCAUGACAAUAAUGCAGCGGAUGAUGGCGUUUCACAGCUUAGUGCCGUAUGUGAAAGUGUGCCGGAGGUGGUAUCAAAUGAUUGUACUGCAGCCAUUGGUGAUGUGCAGCCAGCUUCUAUAGAAGCAGGCGAGGGACUCGUACGUGCGGCGACGCAAGAUAUACUGAGAGUAUAUAGUAAGAGACCCAGGAGACAAACCCAUGGAAGGGGUUGUGGAACAGGGGGAAAAUUAGGACAUUAGGAACAACCAGCAUUGGAAGGGGUAGCUGCUUGCUGUGUUGCUGGUUGCUGGUUGUUUGCUGCUUCUUCAUUCAGGUUGCUGCCGACUGUGUGUUGCUACUGCUGGCUUGGAUCAGUGAGCUGAUAAUUGGGACGAUGAUGGAAAUCUAGAGGCACUUAAAGUUGGUGCUGGUCAAGAAAAGCAGAAUCUCUCUAAAUGGUGGAAAUUUAGAACUUAAUUGACGUUCUGUAGUCUAUAUUGGUCUUGCAACAUCGGUCUAGUUUGAAUUUUAGUCGACGUGCAAUGGGUAAAUCACCAGGAAAAUGGAUCAAAACCGUGCUUUUUGGGAAGAAAUCAUCCAAAUCUAAUUUUUCCAAAGGAAGAGAGCUUCUUGCUUCAUCCCCCACUGCAAAGUCUCUACGUCUACAGUAUAAUUCCAUAGAACCAAAUUCAGUCCUAAACUGGUUAGAACGCUGGUCAGCAUCCCUCUUGUGGAAACCAAUUCCCUCAACAAAGAAAGUUGCUGGCUCAAAAUCCCAGAAGAAGAAGGUUAACCCACAAACUGUUGACCCUGAAACAGGCAGGGUAAAGCUUAGUGUCCGGAGGAUUCCUUCUUUAAACCUUGACAAUGUCUCGACUCAAUCCACUUCUGAAACUGAGAAACCAAGACGUAACCUUCGGAAAGUCUCGAGUCAUCCAGCAGAUUCAGUGCAGGAACAUCCGCAAAAUGAGCUUGAGAAGGUCAAACGCAGUCUGAGAAAGGUUCACAACCCUAAUACGGAGGGCACCAUUCAGUCUGAGGCUGACAGUGAGAAGCCAAAGUAUGGUCUUCAAAAGGUUUUGAGCUUUUCAGAUCAAAAUACUGCAGAGGAGAACAUCAGUGACUCCGGUGAGAAGAUAAAGAAAGGAACAACUGUCACUGUGUCCAAACUGCCUGAUAUAGAAGCAACUCUAGAACCACCAGUGGUGAUUGAGGCAAAUGAUUUGUUAUGUGAUGAUCAAACUGCAAUAGAAUCCCAGCCUCCAGAAAAUAGUGGAAAACAUGAGGGUAUUCCUGUGACAAAUGGAGAGUUAAGAUCUAGGGAAGAUAUAACUGUCAAUGAGAGUCAGAAAUCUGCCCGGACGGCUUCUUCUGCAGCAAAGCAGGAACGUGCGAAGAAUGGGGUACAAAACAGACCUGCAGUGCCAAGUUAUAUGGCAGCAACUGAAUCUGCAAAAGCAAAACUGAAAGCACAAGGCUCGCCAAGGUUGGACCAAGAUGGAAUUGAGAAUCAGAAUCUCAGUAGGCGUCAUUCUUUGCCAGCUUCAACUAACAAGAAAACAAAUUCGCCGUCGCCAAGGGCACAGAGACCAAUACAUUCGGGUGGAAAAGGUGGAAACAAAAGUGAUAGAUCUAUGUUGUCAUCUAGAGAUGGAAAUGGUUGAUGCUAUCAUCCAUUUUGCUGGAUUAAAAGCAGUUGGUGAAAGUGUGCAGAAACCGUUGGUGUAUUAUAAUAAUAACCUUAUUGGCACAACCACUUUGUUGGAAGUUAUGGCUGCCCAUGGAUGCAAAAGGGACUAUUUUAGCACUUUAGCUAUGAUCAUUGAUUAAAUAAACUAACAGGACUACGUUCUGACUGUUUCGCUAACAAAUAAGGUGUCUAAUUCUAUGCUGCUUGUGUUUUCAUCAUCCGCUACAGUUUAUGGUUGGCCAAAGGUGGUACCGUGCACAGAGGAGUUUCCCCUCUCUGCAGCAAACCCUUAUGGAGGAACCAAGGUAUAUUUUGAGCAAUGAUAUCAUGCACAUGAACUGAGAGCUUGGUUACCAAAGAAACUGAUAUAUUUUGAGCAAUGAUAUCAUGCACAUGCUGUGAUACCCACCUCUCGGACACCAAAUGGAAAAUCAUAUUGCUGUGAUACUUCAAUCCUGUUGGUGCACAUCCUAAUGGUUAUAUUGGUGAGGAUCCUCAUGGUAUACCAAACAAUCUCAUGCCGUAUGUGCAACAAGUUGCUGUUAUUAAUUUUUGUUUAUGGAGAACAUGUCCACCUGAUAUGUUUUGUUAAAACAUAUAUUUUUUUUUUGUUUUAGUUUGAAUUGUAAUUGUUGGUUCGGAUAGUAUAUGUAUAUGUUAGAUUAUACUAUAUUUAUGGAUUCUUAUUUUCUUUGA